GCUCUUUGUUUUUCUACGAGUAUAAAGGAUGCUUUCGUCUGGGUUUGUGACUCAAAUUCAACAGGGGCACCAAGUCGACAAUAAUGGGUGAAGAGGAUACGACUCGCCUGGAUAAUCAAAAUCCAUCAUCAGCUGCUUCUUUUUUCUGUGAGUACUCUUAAAAGUUAUAAGUUUCUUUCUUAUGUAUAUAUAGAUGCGAAACCUGUCAAGAUGAGAUAAUAUCCAUAUAUAAUAUGGGUAUAUAUCGGCGACUAUAAAUACUAAAGGAAUUAUUAUAUAUAGUGUAUAUGCCAAAACUGUGCAAAACCAAGCAAGCUAACAAGCUAUAUGCCAAACAACCAAGCAAUCUAGCUGUAAAAUAAUGCUAGCAAAAUGGCAAAAGUAUGCUAGCAAGACUGCACACUCUUUGAUAAAUUUUUAGACAUUCUUGUAGCACCCUUGCAAUAGAAUAGCUCUCUUAAUUUUGCCAAUGUAGGAGCCACACCAAAGUGGCCACCAACAGGAGAAGCAUGGCAAAAAAUAAUAAUGUCCCUCCUUAAUUGCAAAUCCUUAAUUUUCUGUUCUAAAAGGUACUUCAAACUUCUUUGAUCAAUUUUGUUUAUAGAGUGAGAAGUAGCGUGGUGCCAAUGUUUUACAGCCAAAAUUAUAGCCAAAAGUUCUUUUUCAUACACUGACUGUUGUUGAUUAGAUAAUAGCUUAUUGGUGAAGGCCCCAAAUAAUGACCUUCUUGCAUCAAAAGAACUCCAAUGCCCUUAGAAGAAGCAUCCAUCUCGGCAUUUCCACUACAAACAUUUCUCAAAAUCCAGUAAUUUCAAAACUGGAGGUGUGCUAAGAGCUUUGUUUAAGCUGCUCAAAGGCCGAUUAAGCAUCCCAACUCCAAUGGACUCCAAAAUUCUAAACAAACAAGAAACCUCUCAAUUGCUUAACAUUUAUGGGAGUUGGCCACUCUUGAAUAGCUGCUACUUAAGUAGGAUCAAUGGAUUCCCCAUCCUUACUAAUAAUGUGACUUAAGUACUCUACCCUUUCCCCUGCACAAGAGCACUUCGAUUGCUUUGCCUCGCCACCAUCACUGAAGUUCAUAAAUUUAUCUUUAAAUUUGAGUAACACCAAAUUUAAAUUUUCGAGAAAUAUCCAUAACUGUGCAUUGCGCCGGUAGUAUUCUAGUGUAAAAUUGUAAAAUGAUAUAUUUUUUUCUAACUUGAGAAUAUAAUUAAGUCAUUAAUGCUUUUCUUUCACUUUUCUUUUAACGCGAAAAUGCCUUUUAGGUAAAUAAUUUCUUUUCUUGUCUUGUCCUAUCUAUACCAUUCUUUUCAUUUCUUUUUAAUUUAAAUGCAGAUUAUUUACAAGAAAAUUAAUUAUGUAUUUGGUAAUGUAUGUGAUAAGUUAUAUGGUAAUGGUGGUGGUGGUGGGUUACUUCAAUUUUGGACACCUAAAACAAAUGAAGAUGAAGAAGUCGUCGACUAAGUUGGGAGAUGUCUCCUUUCAACUUUCAAUCAACCAUUUGUUCAACUUGGGGAAUCUAAUAAUAAUGAUAAUGUACUAGCAUAUAGGCAAUGCUCCAUAGGAUAUCACUAUACUAUUAUUCGUAGUUAUGAUGAUGAUGAUAAUGAUAAUGAUAUUAUGAAAAUGGAUUAUGCACCUGCCGUCACUGCAUUCCUGAACCAUUUCCCGGAGCUAGUUAUGGAUCUGAGGAGUGUGGUUGAUCACCAGGAAGAGGAGGAAGAUAUGUGUCCGUUGUUGGAUUUUGCUUUGAAAUCUGGAUUCACUUGCUGUUUAUGUAUGCCUAUUUUUAAUUCUCCUUCUUCUCUAAGCUCUUCUUGUUGUGUUGGUGUUGUUGAGUGUUGUAUGAAGCAGCAGUCAUCUAAAGGUCUUCUUCUUGUCUUCAAUUACUUGAAAUCUGUACUAGAGACAGUUGGCCUGUGUACAUUUGUGGUACAACACUUUCGUCCUUACAAGACUAUAUGCGGCCUUAAUCAUGCUACUAAUGAAAUUGAAGAUGCAUUAGAUAUUGUUUGUGAAUCGCACCACCUAACUUAUGCUCAAGUUUGGAUCUCUUAUGAGGACAAGAAUCAUGUGCUCUUUUCAUCGGACACUCCAAGGAAACAAAUGUUUGCACUUAAAUUGAGUGGUUAUUGUGUUGAUUUGGAUGAUGCUCAUCUUUUCUCUUCCCUUAUGGAUUAUCAUGAUACUUGCGACACGCUUCCUUUGAAAAUUGGACAGGGACUUUCCGGAAGAACGCUUCAAGUCCAUGAACCAGUCUUCUACCGAAAUAUUAGUGAACUGAGUGAUAGCGGGCCAUUGCUGUUACUCCCUGCCAAUAAUAAAUGUAGUUGCCUAACUAUAUGCUUGAGGAGCACCCACACUGGAGAUCUUGUUGAUUACGCAUUUGAAUUUUUAUGGCCCCAAAGACGUAACUAUCUUAUCUUGUUGGAAUCACUGCUACUAACACUGAAGCAGUGUUUGCCGAGUUUCAUGUUUUCCUUUGGUGCUAAACUUGGUGAUGAAGUACGUGUUGUUGAUGUUGAGAACUCUACUGUAAGCAUAAUUAAAUGUUUUCAGUUUUUCCAUGGAAUCAAGUUAUCUCGAUUAUCAAAAACAUUGGUAGGAAGAAAGGGACUGGUGGCCAAGGAAUGCACUUCGUCUUCAGAGUUAAAUUGCAAGACAACCUCAAUAACCGGUGUCAAACGAAAAUUUGGAAGCACACUGGAAGACAAGUGCAUGGACAAAACCGGCUUUUGAAGAGAAAGUCAAGGUACUUGUGCACGAGUCAAACGGAGUUGAGUGAAAAAUGCGCCAGUAGCAUUA